AUGUUGUGCGGUGAUAUUUACGACGAAGUGACGAGCAAAGAACUCGAACCUAAAAAAUUAGAUUCGGAAUGUUUGGGAGGUGGAAGAAUUCUUCACGAGCCAAAUGAGAAAAAAAUGAAAGUUCACGAUUUAUCACAGGGAUUUGGAAAAGCCGACCAUUCGAUUACGGCUGAUCUUUUAAAAAAAGUUUAUCGAGAUUAUACCAUUACAUGGAGCGACGAACGUUAUUAG